AUGAUCAUCCAGACCGUGGGUCUGCUCUUCCUGUUGGCUGGUCAAGUCUAUGGCCAGUCAAUCAGUAUUCCAAUCCCGGUAUACAGCCUAAGUAGCAUCUACUCCGCUUUGACUGGGACGGGAGGCAGCUCUAACUCUGCGUCAAGUUCAGGAUCAUCUAGUAGCAGCAGCAGCAGUAGCAACGAUGCUCAGGAUGAUUACGAUCCUUACCUGAAUGAAUACUACAGCAAUUACUGGCAGAACUUCUACCAGAAUCAGGCGCUCUAUGGUCCCUAUGGGCCAUAUGGUCCUUAUGGGCCCAAUGGUCCUUAUGGGCCGAGUGGUCCUUUUGGUCCAACUCCACCACCAACAACAGCCCCAACACCUGCACCAACAACAACCCCAACACCUGCACCAACAUCAGCACCAAUCACAACUUCAACCGCAGUCGCACCCACGGCAACGCCGAUUACAACUUCGACCGCAGUAGCACCCACUGUGAACCCUGGAACAACUUCGACCGCAGUAGCACCCACUGUGAACCCUGGAACAACUUCGACCGCAGUAGCACCCUCUGUGGACCCUGGCACAAGUUCGACCACAGAUGCAUCCACUGCGGACCCUGGCACAACUUCCACUGCACUUCCAACUGUAAACACGGACAUGACAUCAGACGCAGUCGGAGGAAAAAGGUUCCGCACCACUCCUCUACCUUUUCACUACGUUCCAGGCACUUUCCUCAGUCCCUACGAUCUGUACCGUAUUAACUCAAACCCGAACAAUGUACAAGCUGCAGCCUCAUCCUCAGCAACAUCGGCAGCAGACACAUCGGCAGUGUAUAUCCCAUACGGCUCUGUCCACCAUCGCCUAUCGCGGCCAAGUCCUUACUUUGGAUUAGAGGCUAACAAGUAG